GAUCCAAGAUACGGCCGACAAGCUCAAGGCCAUCUUGCAGCACGGUGUCCAGCGCGGCGUGCAGAUGCGCGCGAGUGGGCAACACAGCGCAGGGGAAACCUUGCUGAUUCUCAACCAAAGUCACCAAGAGGUGGCCAACGUCGAGGAGGUUGCGCCCUUGGGCCACAUCACCUCAGAAGCCUCUGGGGUGGAGAACAGCACUGGCAGCAAGGUUUGUGUGGUGCAGAAGAAUACGCAGGGGCAUGUCAUCACAAGGUCCUUCCAGCCCCAGCUGCAAGCCGCCGAGCGGGCGCUGCUGCACCUGAUCAUCACGGGUCACGGUUGGGCGGCAACCAGUGAGUCCUGCGGGGAGUACUGUCAUGCGGUAUAUCACCUUCACCUCAACGGUAACAACUUUGCCAAUGUUACGGAGUGGCGUGAUGACUGCUACUUGAACCCUGGUGGCUUCGCCCAGCAUGGCACCUGGUACGAGAGCCGAAACGGCUGGUGCCCCGGCAGUGUUGAGCCUGGCAUUUACAUCGACAUCACUGACCACUUGGAUGGCUUGGGCAGCAAUGACUUCACGUUGAAUCUCACGGUGUGGCAAAACUUGACCCAUCGUUAUGAACACUACACGGACAUUUCUGGUUUCAUCAACCAGGAUACUGCCAUGUUGGCUCUUACGGCCAACGUCCUGGUGUACAGUGCGCAGGCCGUGACGGCAGCAUUGGAUCUACCCCAGGCCUUCAGCAAGGCGGAGGAAGCCUUGCGCAAUGGCUGCAGUGACCCGGAGAGGUUGCAGCCACCUCAGGUGGUGCACUUCCUCGGGGAUGAUUUCACGUCCUCGGAGCAGGCUCGCCAGGAGAACAGGGAACAGACCAUCGACACCUAUCCACCUGGUGCAGUUCCAUUUGACUUUGAAACUCGAGCUCCAUGGUAUUUCUACAAUGAGUCCGCCGAAAUCCUUCCGGGGAAGACUGCUGGAGCGACUUAUUUGCCCGUGAUUCAGAACCGCUUGGUGCAGAUCAAUACACGUACCGUGUUUGGAGACGUGAACGCUUCCAAAUUCCAAGCCGACUGGCAGCAGCUGGCCUUGCGCUUUCGCUUGAUGCAUCCGAUGAACCUGGAGAUGGACCACUGGGACCGGGUGGGAAGCAUGGGAGUGAUGAUCCCCAAGACAGGGCUGCAGAAUGUGCAAAGUCACACUGAAGAUGGUUCAUCAGCAUCAUCUUCCAAGUAUUGGCGCUGGUCGACAGGAUCUAUAUGAAUGAAUUGUUUAAAAUGAAAUGAAAUGAAAUGAAGCAACAUUUUUUUUGGAACAUCUAGGAUGGUGGUUUCGACAGUUCACCAUAUGUCACGAUAAAG